AUGUCUCCUAACGCUCUCCCUUCCAUGGAUUUCCGCACCUUUGUCGACGCUCUCAAGGCAGACGGUGACAUUGUAGAAAUCAACGAGGAAUGCGAUCCCUUCCUGGAAGUCAGUGCCAUUAUCAGACGAGUAGUCGAAAGUGACGAGAAGGCACCGCUCUUCAACAAUGUCAAAGGACAGAAUGAAAACGGCCUCUGGCGCAUUCUCGGCGGCCCAAACUCCCUUCGUUCAGAUCCCGCAACGCGGUACGGCCGCGUGGCCCGUCAUCUCAACCUUCCGCCCACGGCAUCGAUGAAGGACAUACUUGGCGCCUUGACUGCGGCCAAGUCUCGGCCUCCAAUCCCACCCACAGUCGUCGAGACAGGACCGUGCAAGGAAUACAAGUUGACCGGGGAUCAAAUCGACCUCAACGCCCUCCCGUCCCCACAGCUCCAUAAGGGAGACGGCGGAAAAUACGUGCAGACGUAUGGAAUGCAUAUCGUGCAGUCGCCAGAUGGCACGUGGACUAACUGGUCGAUUGCUCGCGCCAUGGUCAACGACAAGAACAGCCUUGCCGGGCUCGUUGCUCUGCCGCAGCACAUUGCCCAGAUUCGGGAGAUGUGGAAGGCCAAGGGCCAGGAUAUGCCAUGGGCUCUUGCUUUCGGCGUCCCUCCCGCAGCGAUUAUGGCUGCCAGCAUGCCGCUCCCUGACGGCGUAUCGGAAGCCGAGUACGUUGGAUCCUUAGUCGGUGCCUCUCUGGAGGUUGUCAAGUGCGAGUCCAACGGGCUCUACGUGCCGGCCAACUCGGAAAUCGUCUUUGAGGGGACCUGCUCCGUUACAGAAAUGGUGCCAGAAGGGCCCUUUGGUGAGAUGCAUGGAAAGGAUGCCAUUAUGCCUGUCUCGAGCUGCGGACGACUAACCGAUGAAACCCACACGAUGAUUGGUCCGCUUGCGGCCGUUGAGAUCGGCUUCCUCCUUAAGUCCAAUGACUUCCCCGUCAAGGAGGUCUUUGCUCCCUUUGAGUCCCAGGCAACCUGGGUUGCUAUUCAGAUCGACGGUGAAAAGCUCCGGGCCCUAAAGACAGAUGCAGAAACGUUCGCCCGCAAGGUGGGUGAUUUGGUGUUCCGGAACAAAGCGGGAGCAACAAUUCACCGUCUUCUGCUUGUCGGUGAUGACAUUGAUGUCUACAACUUUAAAGACGUCAUCUGGGCCUAUACCACGCGGUGUCGUCCAGGCAUGGACGAGUACUACUUUGAAGAUGUUCUCGGAUUCGCCUUGAUUCCGUACAUGCUGCACGGGAACGGGCCUGCCUGGAGAGGUGGCAAAGCUGUUUCCGACUGUCUUCUUCCGUCCGAAUACAAAAAUGGGCCGGACUGGGAGACGGCCGACUUUGCGCACUCGUUCCCUAUAGAGAUUCAAGAGAGGGUGAACAGCCGCUGGGAGGCACUAGGGUUCGGCUGCUCAAAGUAG